AUUCCGCGAGCGUUUGUUUGACUGUCUUUCGUUUGCAUCUCUCCCUCCUUUUGGCUACUCCACGGCUGCCUCCACCGACUACUCGCUCCUUCCCUUCACCCUUUACGGCCGCAAUCGACGCGAUGAUUCCCCGGACGUUCGCUCUUGCAGGACUUUACGCCACUGCCGUGCUUGCCGUCUGUACCAAGCUUGAGGACUGUCCAGAGUACGAAACGCUGAAGACGAACGACUGCCAGCAGUUUCACCAUUUCCUUCUGCGUGGCUCAACCUCGCCGUACCCAGGCCAUGUCAUCUCGACGGUGGCCAAGGUCUGCGACCAGUUCAACAACGAGAGCACGCCCCACGCCUGUGGAUACGAGGACAUCGAAUACGCGGCCAUGAACGGUGGCGAGCGGUGGUGCCAGAGCGCACACGAGGGUGCUCUGAACGGCGCCGCGCAGAUGCGCAACUACACAGAGCGCUGCCCAGACAGCCACUUGAUUCUGAUGGGCUUCAGCCAGGGUGGCAGCGUUGGCCUUGACAUAUUGGGUGGCGGCGGUGGCGAGCUCUGGGGCUGCAUGCAGGAAAGCAAUCCGGCCAUGGACAUCUCGACUACGCCUGGGUCCAAAGUCGCAGCAGCCCUGAUGUACGGCCCCACACGCCGCUCCGCAAACCAGACCUGGACUGUUGGUGGCGGCGAGAUCAGCGACGGCGGCGCGCCUCGAACCGACGAGCAGAACGCAGGCCUAAAGCCCUACGCUGAAGCUGGUAUCCUGCGCGAGUACUGCCAGCCGCGCGACCCCAUCUGCGCGCCGCACACGAAAGACACCGAGAUGGCCUUCCACCUCGACUACUUCGACAAGUACAGCGACGAUGCUUCGGCUUGGGUCGCUGAUCUGGCGAAGAAGGCUGCCACAAAGAACACAAGCAACGACGAGAAUCAGAGCGACGGGGACCAGCCGAGUGCUGGCGACAGGCUCAAGGCGGGAAUCAAGCACCCAAUUGGCAACUUCGUCGUCGGCUUUGCCGUGCUGGUCGCGUUAUUGUGAGUGCUUUCUGAUUCCGGAGCCAGCAGAUCAAUCAUGAUCACUGGAGACGACUACCGUCUGCAACGUUAAUGGAUGUAACGAACCACAACUCAUGCCUACCAGUUUCCUCAUCCGCCGAAUCAUGAUGUGGAGAACCUCGUCUUCUCGCUUGUCCUCGUAUCGACCCGUCAAUACCUCUGAGAACCCCUGAGCCACACGGCUACGCCCGCCAUGCGAAACGAGCCGCGCCACGACGCGUACAUAGGCUUGUAAAGUGCUUGGCAAAACUGCCGGUAGCCGAGCUGUGGCGCUCGGUGUUUGGGUAGAAAGAUUCCCUACCCCGUCAUCACUUGCAUGACACUAGUAGACAAGUGAGGUUGUGAUCGGUUAAUAACAGAUGCUGCCCAUGUUGUUGCACUUCUGAACAUGCAAUAUACCCUUUUAUAAUUUCU